CUCAAAUCGCCUCUUUUCUUUGCUUCCCCUUACACUCCGUUAUACACAACAUUGAAUCAUUCGAAAUGGCAACACCCCUUUUCUCGCAGCAGACGAACCCGAACCGACUUGGGUUUGCAGACAGCAUACCUGGGGCGCUGAUCUCGUUCAAGGCGGGGCGGCUGUUCCGCGACGGUGAGACCAACUGGGUGCGGCCGGACGUGCGCAAGGGCGUAUGCUUCCUGAAGAAGGAGGACGACGGGCUGAUGCGGUUCUGCUGGAAGGAUCGGCAGACGAACGAGGUGGAGGAGGAGCUGAUCGUGUUUUCCGGCGACACAUCAUUCGAGCAGGUCACGCAGGCAGCGUCGGAGCGUGUCUACGUGCUCAAGUUCAAGAGCUCGUCGCAGCGGCUGUUCUUCUGGAUGCAGGAUCCGAACUCCGAUACGGAUGCGGUGCUAGCGCACAACCUCAACGUAUUUCUGAGCAUGGACGAGGACAUGGAUGAUGCGGAGCCGAUGGACUCGGACUCGGACGUGCGCAUGCUGCUGGGCCACCCGGUGGGCAGCACAGAGCUGCACCGGCAGCCGCAGAUGGUGCGGCGCAACUCGCGCGAGGCCGAGGUGUUAAGCCAUCACCGCGAGCAGUCGGCACUGGCGAGCGAGCACGCCGAGCCGCACACGGGUGCGCUGCCGACGGCACAGGUGGGUGGGGUGCCAGGGGGCAAUCUGCGGAGGGCAUCACGUGACGGUGACAUCACCUCCGUUGGUGGCGUCGGCCCUAACGAGCUCAGCGACCUGCGCCAGCUGCUGUCGGGGAUCCGCGUGCCGGAGAGUUACGCGACUGGCGCCUCAAGCCUGCGCCUGGGUGACGUGCUGACGCCACAGAACCUGGCCGCGGUGCUAGGCGACGAGCGCCUGCGCCGUGCGCUGUUCCCGCAGCUGCCCGACAACAUCCCGCAUACCGCGGAGUCGCUAGACCAGGUAAUCCGGAGCCCGCAGUUCCAGCAGGCGCUGAGCUCGCUGACCUAUGCGCUUGAGUCGGGUCAGAUUGCUCCGCUGGUGCAUCAGCUCGGCCUGGGUCCCGAGGCGAGUACCAGUGUCGAAGCCUUUUUGCAAGCCAUCCAACGCCAGGCUGACGAGGAGGACGAGGGCGAAGAUGAGGACCUGUAGGCUUAGGAAGGACCUUCAAAUAUAUGCACUCUGCAUGCACAUAUAUACCGUGCAUGUACAGCAUUAGGCGUGCUUGACUCUCCGGCUACUUUUUCUUUUGCUUAUGCACCAGCGGAGAAUGCGGCGGAUGGCAAACAACAACCCGGUGUCCGUAUAAGGCUUAAUUAAAAUUUCUUUGAGCG